AAAUAUUAUAUUAUUAUGCGAUAUAUAGGUAACACACUAACACGUGAUUCGUAUUCGGCCAACGAUUUUUCGGUGAAUUCCAGUGAUAUCGCCGACUUGGAGUAUUUAGCAAAUGCCAAAUAGCAUUGUAUGUUUGUAUGUUGACGGUUAUUAAUAUAAUAUUAUUCUAAUUGUGAUUACCUACCUACUUAUUAUUGUUGUUCGGGAGUUCAACCAUUCAUUCGAGUAUUCUAUAGCUCAUAUUCCACUUAACGUACCAAGUGACUAUAUAAUAUAUGAUUUAAUUAAAAAAUAUCUAAAAUGAAGAGAUCUACAAUGAAAAAAAUUCUUACAAAAAGUAUAAAAAGUUUCAAAGAUUCCAAAAACUGUUACUUGUGCGAUACUAUAAAUCUAACGCAUAGCAACAUAAUAUUACCAUUAUUAAAAACUAUCAGUCAAUGGGAUACUAAAAGAUCGAGUCAAAUAAAUAUUCAGGACUUUACAUGUUUAGUUUGCAGUUAUAAUUCUAAAUGUUUUCAAAAAUGGAAAACACACAUCAUGUCUAAAGAACACAUAUCUAUGUGUCACAUCUUAAGCAAAGUGUGUUCAUAUUUUUGUAAAGUUUGUAAAAUAUUAUUUUAUGGCCCAGAAAACCUUAUAUAUGAACAUCAAAAAAAUGUGCAUGGUUGUAAAAAUAAUUUAUCUAAUAUAUCAAUAUUAAUGUCUGAAUUAAUGAAUUGUUUAGAUAGUCAUUCUAUACACAUUUAUUUUUGUGCUAUAUGUGAAACAGUUUCAGAAAAAAAAAUUCAUACUUCUGGGAAACAUCUUACAAAGCAAACAUUGUAUUAUUGUAAAUAUUGUAAUGCCACAUUUUUAUGUAAUGAUGAAGAAUUAGAUUUUCACGAAGCAAGUGUAGAACAUUUAACAUUUAAAUUAAUUUAUUCAAUAAAGAAAGGUAUUGAAGUAAAUCAUUUGGAAUUACAAAAACAAGAUAAAAUUACAAAAAUUACACGUGAUAUUAAUUGUACACAAAUAAAACCAUUAAAAUUACCAUUAAUUAUAUUGGAUGGAUUUCAGAAAACUUCAAAUUCAAUGGCAAAAUGUAUUUUUUGUAAUGUUAAUGUUAAAUGGAAUACUCGGAAAAUAGUUAAGCAUAUAAAUGUAUGCUUAAAUAAAGACGAUUUGACAAAAAUACAUGAAAUACAUCCACGCAUGGUAAUUACAGCUUAUGAAUGUAAAGUAUGUAGUUUUUACACAAAUUCAUUUUUAAACCAUAAACUUCAUGUUAUUUCACCUCAACACCUCACAAAUUGUCAUGCAAGUGAUGUUUUUUUUUCAUAUUUUUGUACUAUUUGCAAUUUAUACAUUUAUGGUUCCAAACUUCAAAUUAACAAUCAUUUGAAAAAGAAACAUACAACAAAAAUUACUGACUUGCCUUUCUUAUCUGAAGUUUUAAAAGAAAAUUAUAAACACACAAGCAAUCAUCCUGGAUCUAAUUUUAUAGACUAUUACAGUGAUCAACAAAGCUGCAAAAAAAAAGAAAUUUUUUCAGUUCAAUGUAAUGCUUGCAAAAUUUCUUUUUGCAUGAUUAAUGAUUAUGAGUAUAAAUUGCAUAUGAUUUCUAAUGAACAUAUCAUUUUAAAAUAUUUUACUCAAAAAAUUCCUUUACUUAUGAAAUAUGAACAUUUACCAACGUCUACUACAAAUCCAAAUUCUAUUUUAAACAAAGAAUCUUUAAAUAAUGUAUAUUUGUCUUCAAUUGAAACUGAUAAUAGUAAUCUAGAAGAAAAUUCUACAAAUAAAGGUACAAUUACUAAAAAAGAAAAAUUGUCUGUGAGCAUUUUGGAAAACAAAAAGCUGUUCAAAAGUUCUAAUUAUGGCAAAUCACAUUUAGCAAUUUCAUCUACUACUACCAACCAUAACAUACAACAAAAUGGUCAAAAUGUAUACAUUGAUGAAGAUGAUCAUGAUAUAAGUAUGUUAGAUUUUAAUUCCACUGGAGACAUUAUUUUUACUGAUGAUCAUGCUCAAGAAGCCUUGCAGUACUUAAAUGUAUCAAUGAGUUCUGAUGAUACGAGCCAGAAAAAUAUAGUAAUGAUGUAUAAUAAACUUGAAAAUAAGGGGAUUAGUCAAGAAUUAUUUUCAGAAAAUACUAAAAAUAUUGAUCAUACUAAGGAACAAAACAAUAUUCCGCUUACUGAAUCACAGUCCAAUAUCAAGACAUUGUACAAGCAACAACAACCAACUGACGUAGAUCAAGCAUAUGGGCAGUAUGUUAUAGAAAGACUUAAAAAUAUACAAAACUUAUCAAUUAAGAGUGAUAUAAAAACUGAAAUAGAUGCUCUAUUUUAUACCUAUUCUUAAUUAAUUAUUAAAUGUAUUAUAAAUUAUUAAUAUUUGUUUAUUAAUUACUUAAUAAGAUAAAAAUAAGAAAUAAUUUAAAAUAAACUUUAAGUAUUAUUAUUUAA